AAUCAAUUUUUCUUUCAGGUAUAAAUUUAGUAGUUGUUAGUAACAUUUCUAGGGCUCGACGACUUCGAAGAAACCACGCCAUCGGUGUCCAAAAUGUGGGGACGAUCAUCAGCCAUGCGCAUGACGGCUCUACUCUGUCUUCUUGCUGUUGUUUUAUGCGACUCUUCAGAAAAAGACGAGCUUCGUAAAGUCGAAGACGACGAUGAUGGCUCGCCUGUAAAACGUCAUGAAGGUGACGAUGCGUCUCGUAAUACACGACACGUCUUCCCGCUGAGCCGUGUUGACGGUCCCACUUUUGCGCGAGGUCUUGCAUAUCAGAAUCCCACUCCGUCCUUUUCUGGAAUAACUUCGUUCAACCAACAUUUCAAUCGGCCGGUGGUGUUCCCGCCACACUCCCCAUCGGCACACCUCACGUCAUACUCGCCUUUCUCCGCUACUCCAACCAUCCUACCAACGUCUCCACUGCAGCACGCCAACUCUGGCGUCUCAAACUUCCUAGGUUCAAACGGUGGUUACUCAUCCCGCGGUCAAGCGACCAUCCGCCAGCUACACCCCGUCACGACGCUACACAACGUCGCCCCGGUCGUCGGUCAUAACAGACUGGACUUCCCUGAAGCUGAGAAAACCGAGCACCACCAAGGUGUCGGCAGCAGCUGCCGCGGCCACACUACGUGCAGCCCCCUGGUGUCGUGUGCUGCUUGCUUCUCAGAACUCGACCCUUACGACAAGUGUGAACUUGAAGAUGGACACUUCGGUGUCUGCUGUCCUCCUUCACCCUCACCUAACGCCCCGAAUCGACGAGUGUUUGCAGUCCCAAAUAUUUUCGUGAAGACCCCCGACAUUUCACUCUACCAACUAAAUGAAGCUGCCAAAGCCGGUCUUUGGGAAGUGGCCGAGCGAGACAAACUAGAACAGGUUCUGCGAACUCAAGAUAUCGUAGUCAGUAACCCCAAAUCGCCCGAGUAUCGGCACCUGCAGUUCUUCAAAACGUCGCCUCGCGCCAUGAAGUUCGGUCGUGCGGCAAUCACAGUCGAGCGAUCCACAGUAUUUCUUAUGAAAAAGUUUUACCUAACUUCCCUGCAAGCGGGCUACGGUCUGCGCCGCUUCUCAGUACGGGAUACUAUUUUGAGCGACACUUGUCCCGAGGAGCCGUACUGCGGAGAGAAGGAGGAAUACUACCGCACCAUCGAUGGCUCCUGCAACAACAUCCGCAACCCGAGAUGGGGUCAAGCCAAGACCGCGCUGAACAGGAUCCUUCCUGCACAUUAUGAGGAUGGGGUGUUCGAGCCGCGUGGAGGAAUCUCGGGUCGUCAGUUACCGUCUGCCCGCGUGGUGAGCAUCAGCAACGUGGCUGACGUGGACAUGCCUGACCCUGAACUGACACUGUCAGUCAUGCAGAUGGGUCAAUUCAUCGACCACGACCUUACGUCUGUGCCCAUCUUUAGGUUCGGCAACGAGAGCGGUAUUCAGUGCUGCAACGACGGUGCCUUUGUGGAUCCUUCAAUGACUCAUCCCGCCUGCUUCCCCGUUGAAAUCCCCACUGACGAUCCUUUCUUCUCGCGCUUCGGGAGACGCUGCAUGAACUUCGUACGCUCCAUGCCAACACAGAACGAAAACUGCACAUUUGGCUCAGCUCAACAGAUGAACCAAAUCACUCAUUUUCUGGAUGGGUCCAACGUGUACGCCUCGAGUGUGGAAGACGAGCGCAGCAUCAGGGCAGGCCGGGGCGGCCUCCUCAAUGUCCAAGGUCCAGCCUUGCUCCCUGCCGACCCAAGCGCCUCCGAGAAUUCGUGCGACGCCCUCAACCGUGGCUUCGACUGCUUCUUGGCAGGAGAUAAUCGCGUGAACGAGCAGCCAGACCUCGCUGUUAUUCACACCAUUUUUAUGCGAGAGCACAACCGUCUGGCGCUGCAGCUGGCCAAAAUCAACCCUCAGUGGGACGACGAAACUCUGUAUCAAGAGGCACGGCGCAUCAACGUCGCACAAAUGCAGCACAUCAUCUACAACGAGUGGCUGCCCAUCAUCCUCGGCAAGGACUGCAUGGUGAACAACCUGAUGUUGCCGCGACCCGACGGUUUCUCGCGCGACUACGACCCUAACGUCAACGCCGCCAUCAGAAACGAGUUCGCCGCGGCUGCCUUCAGAUUCGGACACACUCUUGUACAGGGCAUGUUCCAAUUAUUCGGCAAAAAUCAUCAGCCCACGGAGAAGGUGCAGCUUCACGAGCACUUCAACAGUCCCCACUUGUUGUACACGCCGGGAAAACUCGACGAAUUCCUGCGAGGUCUGGCCAAGCAGCCCAUCCAGAAGUUCGAUAAUUUCGUCACAGAAGAUCUCACCAACAGACUUUUCCAGGGCAUGAACAAUCCCUUCGGGAUGGACUUGGUAGCCCUGAACAUCCAGCGCGGUCGCGAUCACGGCAUCCCGCCCUACAACGCGCUGAGGGAAGCCUGCGGGCUGCCCAGGGCCAGGAGCUUCGAAGAUUUGCUCGAUGUCAUGCCUGGUCCUGUGGUCCAGAGGCUGAGCGGCGUGUACGAUUCCGUGGACGACAUCGAUCUCUUCAUCGCGGGCAUCGCCGAGCGACCGGUGCCGGGCGCCGUACUCGGGCCUACUUUCAAAUGCAUCGUCGCCGACCAAUUCAUGCGGCUGCGCAGAGGUGAUCGCUUCUUCUACGAACACGGCGGUCUGCCGAACUCCUUCACUGAAGCCCAGCUACGGGAGAUCAAGCAGACGUCUUGGGCGCGCAUCAUGUGCGACAACGGCGACCACAUCAAGGCGGUCCAGCCCCUCGCUAUGCGCUUGCCAGGAAAACUGAACAUGAAGGUGCCUUGCGACAGCGCGUCUAUACCCAAGCUGGACCUGACACCUUGGAUCAGCGUGCCGUACUAAGUAAAGGGGCACCAAAUUAUACGUAUUUUUCUCUAAAGUCAAUGUAAAACCGGUAUAUAUCACUCAAGAAAUCACGUCACUCAUACCCUUAUUGCAACAAUCUUCUACUAUUUCAUCUUAAUAAGCUUGACCUACACUAAAAGUAUAAUUUGAAUGCAAAUCUAAUUUCACUCAGCAACUUUUCUUUCACAAGCUUGGCCCAAUAUAUGCAAUAUUUUCAAUAAAUAUUGACUUUUUACGCAUAUGCUCGUUGGCGUUUACAAGAUCCACAUCCUGAGUAAAUAAUCAACAUUACCUGUAGCGCCGUAUUUUAUUAAGUUUAAACGUUAUUGAAAUAGCAAAGCAAUUCUGCUUCCGUGGAAACUCAGUACUUGUCUCCGUUCAUAUUGAUCGCAGAUAAAUCGAAAAAAAAAUCAUAGGAAAUUGAUCGAAGGGAAAUAACAAAAAUUAUUUUUUUAAGUGCAUGUAAAUUCUUUUUGACUCCGAUAUUGCAUACAAGUCAUUUCUUCAUUUAUGCAGAGCCACAACUAUAUAAAUAAAUGUUUUACUGUC